GCGCUCGGCGCGGCGGACCGGGCGGAGUUCGAGCGCCUCUGGGUCGUCUUCUCCGCCUGCUUGGAGAUCUUGGAGAGCGACAUGCGGCGCGCCCUGGAGCUGGGGCAGGCGUUCCCGCUCCACGUGCCCAAGAAGCCGCUCAUCCAGACCGGCUUGAGCGGCGGCACCGCCGGCGUGGCCGCCCGGGCCAUGAGCGUGCAGAACAUGAAGUACGAGGCGGAGCCCGACAUCGACGUGGUGGACCUGGCGGACCUGGAGCACGAGAUCCACCAGGUGGGGGAGAUGCUCUACGAGAUGGAGAUGAAGGUCAACGUCCCGCGCUGGACGGUCGAGGCCAAGCAAGACCCGGGCGCCGAGCUGAAUGCCACCAUCAGCGUGGGCGCCUCGUCCCUCGGCGCGAUCUCGGUGGAGAACAGACCCGUUUGCGAUCUCAGCAAGGUGCUGGCCGGCGGCGUGUUUACCGCCGUCCUCCUGAUCGCCAUAGUCCUGGCGGUGUGCGUGGCCAAGCUCUCCUAAGGCUGGGGCUGCGGCGCUUCCUUCGGGGAGGACGUCUUCCGAGGUGCAGCAACAGUGUUGACUUGGCUGGAUCCGCUGAAAUGCUGUUUUAGCGCUCAAGAACAGUCGGUCCAGGGGAGAUCUCUGAUGGUAU